ACAGAUUACAACAAUCAUAAAAUCUUCAUAAUUUCAUCAAAUCUUCUAAUUCCAUUGAAAUUUAAAAUAAAAUGUCUUCGGAAAGUUCGCCAGCUAAGCAUUCGAAAUCCUUAAACAAUAUACAAGCAUUAGAAGAUUUUGAAAACCAAGAUGCAUUAAUCAAACAUGUGGAUAUUACUAUUGUGGAAUCUGAGAAGAGAGCUAAUGGGACCCUGCAUGUUCGAGAUCAUUACACAGUGUAUCUAAUAGAUGUGAAAGUAACAGAUUCUGAGUACAAACAGCUUCAGACUAAAAUCAGUACAAUAUGGAGAAGGUACACAGAGUUUGAGCAGAUUCAUGAUUACCUACAAGUGACUUACCCACAUGUUGUUAUCCCACCAUUGCCUGAGAAAAGGAUAAUCUAUGCCUGGCGGAAAAGUGACACAACAGACCCUGAAUUUAUAGAGCGUAGAAGAGCUGGCCUAGAGAACUUUUUACUGCGAGUAGCUUCACACCCUCAACUUUGCUUUGAUGAUCAGUUCAUUAAUUUUCUCCAGCAGGAACAUGGAUGGCGAGAAACUAUUACAGAUAGUGGAUACCUCUUGCAGGCUGAAAACAAAAUAAAAUCUCUAUCUCUAUCAAUAAGGCUAAAGAAACCAGAUCCUGAAAUUGAUGGGGUUAAAUGCUAUGGGAAACAAUUGGAGACAAACCUAGGAAAUUUUCUUUACACCAGAUCAAAGAUAAUAGAGAAGAACUAUGCUCUGUGCAAGUUGCAUGCAAACUAUGGCAAGCUGUUUAGCGAGUGGAGUGUUAUUGAGAAAGAGAUGGGAGAUGGACUUCAGAAGGCUGGGCAUUAUUUUGAUUCAAUAGCAGACUCAAUAGAAUCAAUAGCAGAGGAUGAAGAGCAACUAGCAGAUCAGUUAAAGGAAUAUCUCUUUUACGCGGCUGCGUUACAACAUCUCUGUGCUAACCACGAAGCGUUGCAGCGCAAUUUGGAGAAUGCCAACGAUGCGCUAACUAACAGAAUAGCGGAACGUAACCGUGCAGCGGCUGGUAAGUCCGGGAUAAUGUCACGUUUAUUCGGCACCACGGAGCCGGACAUAGUACGCGAUCAAAGCACGCGCGCGCUCGACGCGAAGAUACUCGCUGACACGCACGCCAUCGAACGAGCGCGGGCUGAUCUAGAAGAAUUCAGAAAAAAGGCUGCCGUUGAAAUUGAAUACUUUCAAAAGCAAAAGGAUAAAGAUUUGCACGAGUCGCUUGUGAAUUUCAUUGCGUUGCAAGUAAAGUCUGCUAAAAAGAACCUCCAAGCCUGGACCCAGAUCAAAGAGUGUCUUCAAAAUAUGCCUUAACUGUGCUCGGCACUGACAUAUCCUACAGAUUAUAUUUUAUACUGCAUAAAGAAAAUUAAAUUUUUAUAUAACACUUUUUACGUAGCUGUUUGUAGACAUUAAUAGGUUCUAUAUAAAACACCAGUAUUUGGUACGAGUCGUAAUUUAUUCUAUAGAAAGUUCAUUUUAUUCUCUAAAAUUUGCACUAGUAUUGAAUAUGUAAAUGUAUGUUCGUUUAUAUCCACAGACAUUUAACAUAGAGAAUUUGCGUGUCAUCGUAGACAAUAUAAUACAGUAAAAAACUGUUAUAAGGACUACUCAUAUUUGGUCGUACAAAACCAUAAGUACCUAAUACAUAAAAUUCAGCCGGGAUCUUUGAUUUUGGUCAAUAUAAGCGGUAUGUUGUUCUGAACGAUGUCGUAUUCGAUUUUGACUUUAUUCUUCCAUACUGUCUAUAUUUAACGUAUACAUUUAACGUAUUAUUGCUGCGCAAAUGAUGACCUAAAAUAUUCUCUAACGUUUUUUCUGCGAAUACGUGUCUGUGAUCAAAUACCGGACACCAAGAGUAGAGCAACAAAUGACUUGAUAUUGUCUGCGUUCGACCCGGAUUAAGGUGUCAAUGACGCAUGCGCAGAUAAUAAAAUUGUCAUGAUCAUAAAAUGUCUGUCAAUAUAGACGGACAUUGAAAAGCAAAACAUAAGUGAAUUUUGUUUGUUUUGCAUCUACACGACACUGGCGAAGUACCUUGUGCCCAGUUGGCAUAAAUAAAAGCCAUAGACAAGAAGAAAAAAAGUGUUUUGCAAGAACCUUUUCACCGAAAUAAUAGAUUUGCCAAAUGUUGAAAUUUCAAGAUGCUGAUCUCGUUUGGAGUUUUAGAUAUAGCAACCAGGCGUUUUUCUAAAUAUAUUUCACGUCAGCCCUUGAGAAUUAUCAAUUGUCUUUGAGUUUAUAGACAUUGUGCAUUCCAAACAAAUUGUUCGACUCGUUUUUCCUAAGUGAUUUUUUUUAUAUAAAUUGUAACGUGGUAAGACAUACGCUGAAAAUUCUAUGGUGAGUAUUCGCGAUAAUAUUAUUUUGCUGUAUUCAUAUCUGAAAGUGUCUGUGUUGCCAUAAUGUAUGUAUUUGUUUGCCUCCAAUGACAUUGUGUCACGUUAGAUAUAAAUAAACAUUGUCUAUCGGUGUCUGGACCGCCUAAUAUCUGUGGAUAUAAACAUACUUUAUUCUAAUACAUCUGCAUUUUGUAAAAUGCUGCAAAUGUUCGGUUAACUGCAACUAAACUAAAGAAAUGUGUAAUCAGUAACGCAAAGACUUUUAAUUUACUGCGCUAUUAAAAUUUGUCACAGUUAAAGAACACUUUCCAGCAUCAAAUGGCGUUUUUAAUCACAAUUUUACUUUUUGUUAAUUCAAAAACUCGGGACGAGCAAUCGUUUUAAUCCGAAAUAAUUGUCUGGGACAAAGAAUGAAAAGAAAAAUGGCAGCUAUAUAUAGCUAUAUUUCUUGAUUAUUCAUAAAUACGUUUUAAUUGUUGUAAAUUAUUUGUAUUUAAAUACAUCAAUUCGUUUAAAUAUAAUUGUUUAUAAUUAUUAAUUAGUUGGAUACAAAAUCAUAUCAUAAAUUAAACUAAAGGCAAUAGUAAUGUUAAGGCCGCUUCGUUCGUAGAUAUUUAUAAAAGUACCUGAUUUUAUUUCAUGUUUCACACUGCUCUGCGAUUAUUCUCACUUACAGUUAAGCGUUAUUAUAAUCAGAGACUGGAUGAGGCAAUAAGUAUCUAGCCUGGAAUUAUAAAGCUUAUUUUAGACCUUACUUUUGUGUAUUUUAACCCUUGUCUAAGGAUAGUUUAAAAGGGCAUCAUAAUUUUCAGCCCUAGAGGUCGGAAAGGAAAGAUAUCUUUAAGUUUAAGAUAAAAGAUUUUAUAACUGAAAUCGGUGUUUCUCAUCAAAGGCUUUUUUGUUUUAUUACACAACGGACAAAAGUUUAAGUUUACUGGUCGAAUCUAUAAGGUUGGAAGUGCCUUUCAAUUUAGUACUUGAAUCGAUAUCGCCUUUUAACUAAUUACUUUAUUGCAGUAACGCAAUAUUUAAUAAGCAUAAUUGUUUAGGCUUUACUGCGGUUAACCGUGGAUGCCCAUGUAGAUGUAGACGCUUUUUGUAGAUGUCAUGUGGUUAUAAGAAAAGGUUUCAAAAGUUCUGUAAUUUAAUACAAUUUAUUAGAAUUUAUAAACGUUGUAGAGGUGAAUAUUUUUUGUUUGUUUAAUUUUAGAAUAUAUCAGCUAAAAUUAUGCGCCGUGUAUCUAAUAUGUCGAACAAACCCGAAGUCGUAAUUCAAUUCAAUAUGCAAGCACCUUUUAAAAUUUCAAUAAAAGUACAGCACCUAAUGUCACUUCUGACAACUGUCAAACCAAAGAACUGUCAAGCACAGUCAUUCUAAUAAAUCUUAGCUGUAUUCUUCUAUUUGUAUACACUACCUGCUUAAUUUAAUGGUUAA